AUGCAGACUCCUCAAUUGUUUUGGUUGCAUAUGCUUUUGUUUAUGUGCCAUUGCAUUGACCCUUUGAGUGGUUUCAAUGCAACUGCUGCAAAGGCUAAUGUGGGAAUCAUUCUUGAUUUCGACGGAACUGUGGGGAAGAUAUGCAAGACUUGCAUCUCUAUGGCAAUCGAAGAUUUCUACUCCAACCGCGAUUACAACACCAUGAUCGAGCCUCAUUUCAGAGACUCGAGGAGUGAUGUUGUUACUGCAGCUUCUGCAGCUAUAGAUUUGUUGAAGAAUAAUCAAGUGGUAGCGAUAAUCGGGCCACAAAGAUCCAUUCAAGCAGACUUCGUGAUAGAUAUUGGUGACAAGGUGGAAGUUCCAAUAAUAUCUACAGCAACGAGCCCGUCUGUAUCGCUCAAAGAAUCAUCAUACUUCAUCAGAUCAGCAUGGUGUUCCUCUUCUCAGGUCAAACCAAUUGCAGCAAUUGUGAAGAAAUUCGGAUGGAGGGAGCAAAGUGUUAUUUCCUCUGAUGCAACGGAGGAUGAAAUCCGACAGGAGCUUGGCAAGUUGAUGAAGAUGAGGACGAGGGUGUUCGUGGUUCAUAUGCUGCCAGGCCUUGCAUCCCGUUUCUUCAAGAUGGCGAAAGAAGCAGGAAUGAUGGGCAAUGGUGUCAUCAACGAAUCUACUGCUUCAAGGAAGGAAAAGCUUCUCGGGCUUGCUAGAAUUUUUACGAGGGAGAAAGAUGAGUCGUUGUCAUCCAAGGAAACGCAAAGUCCUGAUCGUGGAGUCGGAGUUUCAGCAGCAGCAAGUCCAGCCAUGAGCAUUCCAUGUGAUCAAGAUCAAGGGAUGUUUUCACAAGAUGAAGGAUUCUCAACAACUCCUCAAUUGUUUUGGUUGCAUAUGCUUUUGUUUAUGUGCCAUUGCAUUGACCCUUUGAGUGGUUUCAAUGCAACUGCUGCAAAGGCUAAUGUGGGAAUCAUUCUUGAUUUCGACGGAACUGUGGGGAAGAUAUGCAAGACUUGCAUCUCUAUGGCAAUCGAAGAUUUCUACUCCAACCGCGAUUACAACACCAUGAUCGAGCCUCAUUUCAGAGACUCGAGGAGUGAUGUUGUUACUGCAGCUUCUGCAGCUAUAGAUUUGUUGAAGAAUAAUCAAGUGGUAGCGAUAAUCGGGCCACAAAGAUCCAUUCAAGCUGAGUUCGUGAUAGAUAUUGGUGACAAGGUGGAAGUUCCAAUAAUAUCUACAGCAACGAGCCCGUCUGUAUCGCUCAAAGAAUCAUCAUACUUCAUCAGAUCAGCAUGGUGUUCCUCUUCUCAGGUCAAACCAAUUGCAGCAAUUGUGAAGAAAUUCGGAUGGAGGGAGGUUGUUUUUGUGUACGAGGAUUCAACCUAUGGAAGCGGAUUAGUGCCGUAUUUGACUGUGGAUCUGCUAAAGAGCAAUGCUGUUGUCUCACAGCAAAGUGUUAUUUCCUCUGAUGCCACAGAGGAUCGAAUCCGACAGGAGCUUGGCAAGUUGAUGAAGAUGAGGACGAGGGUGUUCGUGGUUCAUAUGCUGCCAGGCCUUGCAUCCCGUUUCUUCAAGGUGGCGAAAGAAGCAGGGAUGAUGGGCAAGGGGUAUGCUUGGAUAAUAGCUGACGUGCUAACGAGUCUCUUGGAUUCUAUGGAUCCACAGACUAUGGAGGCGAUGCAAGGUGUAAUAGGUGUCAAAGCUUACGUUCCAAAAUCCGUUAAGCUUAUUAACUUUGAAAAGAGAUGGAGAAAGAGGUUUCAUAUGGAGAAUCCAGAGAUGGACAGAACAGAACUCAAUAUUUUUGGUCUGUGGUCUUAUGACAGCAUCACAGUUUUGGCAGAGGCAAUCGAACGAGCUGGUGUGACAUCCCCGCAGUUCAAUAGAUCGGUUGAUGGAGCAAAUUUGACAGAUUUGGGAGCAAUAGGAACAUCAUUGGCUGGACCACCACUUGUUGGUUGGAUCAGAAACCACACGUCCAGAGGGCUGAGUGGUGUUUUCAACAUAAGUAACGGCCAACUUCAGCCAUCUGCAUUUAGGAUAGUUAAUGUGAAUGGCGGGAAAGAAAUCUCAGUUGGAUUUUGGAGUCAAAAGUGUGGUAUCUCAAGGGAACUUAGGCCAUAUGAUUCUCGAGAUAAUUGCUCAGCCGAAAAGGAAAAUCUUGACCCCAUUGUAUGGCCGGGGAGAGAAAAUAAAGUGCCUAAGGGGUGGGAAGUGUCUGUGAAUGGCAAAAAGUUUAGAGUUGGAGUUCCAGCAAAAAUUGGUUUCAAUGAAUUCCUUAAAGUUGAAAAGAAUGAAGAAACAGGUGUUAUUCAAGCAAAGGGUUUUUCCAUUGAUGUUUUUGAGAAGGUGUGGGAAAAUAUUCCGUAUAGUGUCCCUAUUGAAUAUGUUCUAUUGGGUAGAGAAUAUGGAGGUUAUGGUGAAAUUAUGCAGAAGUUAGACGAAAAGGAUCUUGAUGCAUUCGUGGGAGACAUAACGGUCACAGCUAGCAGAUCUAAGUACAUAGAUUUUACGUUCCCUUACUCAGAAUCGGGAGUUGGCAUUGUUGUUCCAAUCAAGCCUAACGGGAGGAAGAAUGCUUGGAUAUUUAUGAAACCUCUAACAACCGGCCUUUGGCUAACCGUUGGAGGGUUCUUUGUCUACACUGGAUUUGUCGUUUGGGUUCUUGAGCAUCGCGUAAAUAAAGCAUUCCGGGGUCCACCUAACCAGCAAGUUGGGAUGAUAUUCUGGUUCUCAUUCUCAACGCUUGUUUUUGCACAAAGGGAGAAAGUGAGGAGCAACUUGACAAGAUUUGUGGUGAUCGUAUGGGUGUUCGUGGUGCUGGUUUUGACGUCAAGUUACACUGCAAACUUGACGUCCAUGCUAACCGUAGAUCAACUGCAGCCUAAAAUCAACGAGACUGAAUGA